AUGAGGUCCCCUUCGUUUAUCAUGCCCCACAACCUAAUACCCUCCAGGAAGUACCACGAAAUUAAAGCCCAAAAUGAAGAAAAGGAAAAACUGAGCAAACGAGAUGUAUACGAGUACCAGAAGGUUACCUACAAUCCGAACGUAGUUAACCCAAGUCCAGCGAUUCCCAAUUAUGGUGCACAUGGUGGAAAUGCUCGAAAGGUCAGCUGCAUGAAUUCAUUCCCCUGUUUAAACGGACACACAAGGGGGUGCAACGAAAUGAACAAUGGAACCACAAAUGGGACUCAUAACAGCAGCAUUUUUACGCACCCAAAUGUUAGUACCUACACAACUGGGUAUAGUGCUACCCCAACAAAUAAGCGGUUCAUCAAAAAAGUGAGCAAAGUGCCGUGCUUGUUCAAUACCAAACCUGCAUUCAUGCAAGACAGCUGUGAAAAAGUGUACAGUGAUAUUUCUGGAGUUCCCAUCCAUCUUGACUCCCCCAUGAAUGGCAGCAAAGGGUACGUGCAACUAAGUAGACACGAUGAAAUGGCGGUAUACAACAUUAAUGAAAAGAAGAAGAACAAAGAUCUAGAAGUGAUGGGAAAAUUAAACCACGUGGAACCUUUUAAAAAGAGAGUAACAAAGGAAAAAGUACCAGAACCGAUCAUAAAAAAUAAAAUUAAUGAACUGAUAAAAGAAAAGGAUGAACAAAUAAAGGAAUUAGAAAUUGAGAUCCAAAAUGAGAAACGAAAAAGCGAAAUGGUCAGAUCAGAAGGUGCAGAAAACGACAGGGAAUACUCCAAUGUAGAAAAUAGAAAGUUAAAAGAAAAAUUGUUGGACCAAAAAAUCAAAUAUGAAGAAACGUUGAAACAUUUGAAAAGGGUUGAAAUCGAGAGAAGGUCCCUAAAAUCAAGUUUAAACGUCCGAGAUAAAGUCUUGACGAAACUGGAAAAUGAAAUCGGCUCUGUGGAUAACGAAAACGAUUACUUGCUUCGCUUGAAGGAAAACACAAGUCUGAGUGAUGUACAUAACCUUUUCAAAAUUUUGCAAGGCCGAGAUAAAGAGGUGGAAGAGGAGAGGUACCACAAGUGUGCAGGGACAAAUAAUGAAAAGGGGAAGAGAUUGAACAAAGCGAACGAAAGCAAUGAAAGCAACGAAAGAGUCGAUCCAUAUGAGAGAAGCGACACGUAUGGUGUAAACGAAACAGGGGAAGGAAAACAUAAGGAGGAUGAAUUUAGCUGGUACAAAAGCAAAAGCACGUGUGAGGAGGGUCUCCCGCCAUUGGAAGAGGAUGUGUCAAAAGAGAAUAGAAGUUCAUACAAAAAGGGAAAAAAAGUGUCUAAGUUUUCCCAGCCCAGUUUCGACAACAACGAUAUGUAUACUCUCAAGUCGACAAUUGUAGAGUUAGAAAAAGAAGUAUACGAACUGAAAGAAGAAAAUAAAAAUGUGAAUUUUAAAUACGAAAAUACAUUUCAAGCUUUAAGCGAAUUGAGGAAGGACACCCUGGAGUACAUGGAAUCAAUCGUUUCGCGAGAUAUGCGCAUAGCAUAUAUGGAGAGCAUGCUACAAAAAAGCGAAAAGGAUCUAUCCAAAUUGAAAGAACUCCUAAAAAAACAGCAACUCCUUUACAGAGAAAAGGUAGACAAAUGCACAUCGGAAAUAAUCAUCUUGGAAAAGCAAUCCUCUCACCUUCAAUCAAUGAUACAAGAAAAAGAUUCAGAAAUUGUUUUGUUGAAAAAUGAAAUAAUACGAAAUGAGAUGCUCGUCAAACAGUACGAAGAAAGAAAUAAAGAAUUGCAAAACGAACUUCGACUAAUGUGCAACAAUCUAGAAAACGUAAUUGACGCAUCGAAUAAGAAAGACCUGUUUAUGGUUGAACUGGAAAAACAAAUCAGAGAAAAUGAAGUACACAGACAAAAUGCCUACCUGAAGGAAGUGGCCAAAAAUAGGAAAGUCCAUGCAAAUAUGAAAUUCAAAGAAAUGAUGUAUGAUAAAUCGGCUAAACAUCAGGUGGAUGAAUUACACAGCUUGAAGAAGGAACUCUACUUGAACAAAAUACAAAUGCAGAAAGCCAGAGAUGCAUUUGAGGUCCUUAAGAAGGUACCCAAGGCAGACUCUCUAUGUAGAAGCAAGCAAGACUUCAGCCAAGAUAAUGACUCCAUCACUGUUCACAAUUUUUCUGAGGAUAAAAAUGAUAAGGACGGGGGAAAUACCACCUUCGAGGCCAAGGUGUCCUCCGAGUCGGGGCCAGCGUACAAGGCGAAGAACUCUGUGGUUAAGAAGAAGAAGCGGGCUCCCAAGGCGAGUUCAUCAUCGAGUUUAUCCGCGAGCAUCCAGGAAAACGCGCAGGAAAGUGCCCAAGGGGGCAUUCAAGUAAGCGUUCAAGCAAUAGCAUAA